AAAAUAUUGAAACGGAUAAAAGCGAUCACAUUUUUGUUUCAAAGUGUAUUUAUGUUAUGGCUUUAUUUCUAUUUGUUCUAAUAAAUGUGAUUUUCAAAGAAUAAGUCUAGCAUUUCGAUACCACCGCGUAUUGAUUUUUUUCUACUUGAUUUCACUUAAAAAUGGAAGUUCAAUGUGGACAGAACGCUAUUGAUGAGCCGGAUCUACUAUAUAAACUUCAACGCAAGAUCAAGGUUUUCAACACAAGCAGCUCUUUACCAAAUCGAGGCUACAAUUUAGUCGCUAGCUGUAGUAAAUAUGGCAUUGUUUUUGUUCUUGCACCUAAUUCAGUAUUAUCAGCCUAUUAUUUAAAAGAUCUGAUAGACAAGGAAAGUGAGCCUCAUCAUGUACCAUUAAAACUCCAAGCAGAACCAACCUUUAUUGCUGUAAAUUGUGAUCAAGAAUGGUUAGCGGUUAUAAGCACAACUAUGCUCUUUGUGUAUAAGAUUCUCGAUUUUCAAAAUCCGAAUAUAUCACCAUCUUUCUCUAUUAAGUUGGAUAUAAACCCAUCUACUUUUGUCUCUGCUGUGCAAUGGAAUCCUUGUAUACCAGACACUAUAGCUAUCGCAUUCUUCGAUGGCACUCUACUUGUCAGUCAGGUCACUACCAUGCAAGUCAAAAAGAUGCAAGCCAAUGUCAGGUGCAUUUGCUGGAGUCCGAAAGGCAAACAACUUGUUACUGGUAACAAUGAUGGCUCGCUCUGUCAGUAUAAACCAGAUCUCUCACCAAUGAAGAUGGUACCAGCCCCGAAUCUAUUUGAAGGGGCUCCGAUUGAAGUCCUAGCGAUACAUUGGAUAGCAACAUAUCAAUUUCUAGUGGUUUACAAACAUGCCACAGAAAAUGUACGACCAGCCGUCACAAUUGUCAAUACACCGAAAGGUGGCCAGCAAUGUUGCCUCAAUUUUGAAGAUAUUUGCUACAGUUUGGGCUCAAAUAGACCAUGGUAUUAUUACCUGAAUGGAUUAAUGCAAUGGAAUAUGAUACUAACAUCGUCAUCAAAUAGUUCGGAGAUAGCAACUCUUGCUGCGCCUGAUGGAUGUAACUGGAAGCAAUGGUGUCAGAUUGAUGAAGCAAGACCUGAAUUACCUUUGACAGAUGGGAAUAAAGAUAAUUAUCCAGUUGGCUUGUGUGUUGAUACUUGUGCUGUUCAUCAACUGCCUUGGGGUGAGAAUGACACAUUGCCACCAAUGCCACUACUCCUGGUGCUAUCCCAUACUGGGAUGUUGUCAAUUUUCAAUAUCAUCAAUUUAAAGAAGGAUGCCGCGGUGUUCUGCACUCCGCCACAGAUAUUAACAUUACCUAAUAAUGUUAUGACAAGUUCUAUUCCUGAUGAUGUUCCACAGUCUGUGCCAGUUACACACUCUGCUCCUGUCGUUCAACAGCCGCAACCACAACCAUUGCAACAAAUUCAAGCACCAACUCCCGUCCAGCUUGCAGCGGGGACUCAGCUCGGGCUAGCAGAUACUAACGUCACUGUACAACAGAUACCCAAAUCUCAAGCUGCACCAGGAUUACCUGCCGCUCCGCCACAGAUUCCAGAAGUAAAGCCGAUUGAAACAAAACCUCAACCGCCACCUCCUCAAAAUAUAGUUACAUCGACUCCUAAACCAACGAAAGUGGAAAUAUCUGAAUCUCCAAUACAACAGACACAAGAGAUAAACGCUGCACUCAAAAGUGAACAGGAGAGAGUUAAUAAAAUCAAAUUUAAUGAAGAACUGAUGAACAUGCUUAUUCGAGAAGUUAAUGAUUUCCAACUGGAAUUAUACAACUUUCAAGUGAAAUCCAGAGAUGCUCAUAUAAUAUUGCAACAAGAGAUAGAAUCAAUGGGAUCUAAUAUGAACAUAAAAUCUCAAGAUGCGAUACAGUUGAAGAAUGACAGCGCGGUGAGAGAGAUACAGGAGAGUGUGGGAAUGUUGAAGUUGGAGCUCGUACGUAUAUGUGGAGCGGUGGCUGAGGCUCGCACACGCGCUGAGACAAGGCAAAUGCAGGAAUGGAGUCAAGCGGAUCCUCUGACGAUGAAGCGCAUGUCCGCAGUCAAGAAACUCGCCUACUACGUGCAGACACAGCUCGACCAAGCGCACAAAGCGUUAGAUUAUAAGUGGAACGAAAUGUCUAUACAUAGACAAUACGAAAGACCUGGAGAGCGAAUGCUUCGACCAAUAUUGGACGAUAUCUACCAACCUCUUGUGAAACAACAAGAAAUACUGACCCGACAGAAGGCGGUGCUCAAAGCAUUGAGGAAUACAUUGAGAGAGUGCAGCGACGUUGCACCCAUUAUGAAAUCUACAUCCAUUUUGAGAAGCACCCCAUUCAGAAACAAAAUUGAUCCACUCUCCAAAGUAACCAGAAGCAUCUACAAUAUGAGUUUGGAGCCAGAACAAGAUUAUAGAGAACAGAUGAUGUCAAAUCAGAAGCUUGACGCGUUACGGGAUAUGCUGUCAAAUCACAAAACUGUCAAAAUUAAACCUGUCAAUAUCGAGCUGGGAGAAAAGUUGAUUGAAAUGAGACUGAAGUACGAGAACAGUGUAAAGGAAAGGAAAGCAAUGCUGGAAAAACAACAACAGCAACAACAACAACAACAACAACAACAACAACAACAGGAUAUUCUGAAGAAACAACAAUCUCAAACUAUUAAAGUACAACAAGAAAUAAAACCUGAUGUAUCCAUGAAUCGUGAAGCACAAAUAAUUAAAUCUGAACCAAAGAUUGAAACGGCAAAGCCUCAGUUAAAUGUCCCAUCUUACAAACCUAGUAAUGUGCAGUCAUACAAACCUGGAAUGGCUAGUGUUGCGAGAACAUUGUUCACUGAAGAACCAAAACCGGAGCCAGCAAAGUUCCAAGUCAAUCAGCCGACACCAAAACCAGUUCCAGUGCAAACAGCGCCUAAACCGGAAAAAACCAAACCACAAAAUACAAUGCCGGUGUCCAGAUCCACUCUCAGCCUGCUCAAAGAUAUGUUACAGAAUAAAGCUCAAGCUAAUAACGUACCUAGAAAUGAUGCCAACAGAUUUAUGGGACAACCUAUAUGCACGCCCCCUGGAUAUGCAAUGUCCAGCCAAGCCUCGUCGAUAACAGCUAACAUGGCUGAAAUAGAUCAAUUGCGUAAUAAAAUGCAGCAAAAAGCUGCAGCCGCUUCCAAACUACAAUUAUCCAGUGCUGACAUAAAAUCUAGUGAGACCGGCGAGGCCGAAGGUACCUCGAAUAAACCUCUUGCAGAGAAAGCUAGCACUAAUGUAUUUACUUUGAAACAAACUGCUCCUUUAGCUGCUGCAAAAGUCAUUAAUGUACCAGAUAUAGUAAAGACCAGCAACCAAGCCGCAACAAAAGUAGAGUCGAAGACUAAAGAAGAGGUGAAAGAUAAGGAAAAAUCUAUGAUAAAACUGAAAGAAAAUGUCCCAGAAAAAGAAAACAAAAAGGUGCUAAACGAACCCCAAAAACCGACAGACGAUAAGAAAGAUGAAGCGAAACCAUUUAAUUUAUCUAAUAACCAAAAGCCUGCUUUCUCGUUAACACCAUCAAUGCAAAUUACCAACUUGCAAACAGAGUCAACGACAAACGCCACUUCAGUUUUUCAAUCUCCAAUAACAUCUACAUCUUCCAUAAAAGAAACAACACAAGUGCAAAAACCUGAAGCGGUUGGCACUUCACAUCCAUCUUCUAUAUUCGGUGCAGCGUAUACUGCACAGAAGGAGCAAGAUAAGCCAACCCCAACAUCUCCAACUGGAUCCAUAUUCGGAACUAAAUCACCAUCUAAUUUCUUUGGAACAAAUGUAUUUGGAUCAUCAACUACUACUACGACUUCAACUUCUACUGCAAAGUCUAUUUUUAGUAGCGCUGUAUUAACAACUACUUUCCCUACUUCCACUACUAUAGCCGUAACUGAACCGAAAACAACCGCUUCUGAUUCUACUACAGAUGCAACUAAAGGCCAAGCUACAACUCAAAUCACUCCAACUACCACUUCUACGGAAACCACCAAAACUCUACCAGUAGUCAGUACUACUGACGCAACUGUGACACAGAGUUCAAUAAUUGCAAUAACGCCUACACCUGUUCUCACAACCACAUCUACAGCCAGCGUAACAACUGCAACAACACAAAGUGUGUUAAACACCGCCACAACCACUUCGAGUGCGACAACAACUAGUCAACAAUCCAUUUUUACUGGUACAACCCAAGAGUCUAUCUUCGGGAAAUCCACACCUUCACAAGCCUCGAUAUUUGGAUCUACACAAACGACUCAAAGUGAUUCUACAGCUCCCAUUACAACACAAGCCUCGAUGUUCGGAACCGCCACAACACAAGCUUCAGUAUUUGGAACUUCUACGGCAACUACUCCAGCGUUAGUAUUUGGAACUACAACAACAACAACAGGAAGUUUAAUAUUUGGAACUCCAACUGCGACAACAAAAGCUUCGAUAUUUGAAACUCCCACAACACAAGCUUCAAUAUUCGGAACACCGACAACAACACAGUCUUCGUCGUUAUUUGGUGGCGGAGAAGGAAACUUAUUUGCUGCGGCAACUAUAUCUACAACGAGCGCAGCGACGCCGGCUAGCGGAGGAAAUAUUUUUGGAGGAAGUUCCGGUUCAAUAUUCGGCGGUGGCAGUACAAAUGUAUUUGGAAGCAAAACGACGUUUGGACAAUCUAACCAAGCAGCGUCUAUAUUCGGAGCUGCAAAUGCGUCUCUCGAACAGGAUACUGGCAACAACUUCUGGGGCAGCGGGAAUACUGGAAGUGCAUUUGGAUCUACAGGAUUUAGUCAACAACCAACAACCCAAGCGUCCAUGUUCGGUACUAGCGGCGGCAGUUUCAGUGCUCCAGCUACUGGCCAGCCACUGGGCAGCCCGCAAGCCAGUGCCUUUGCUGGCGAAGCCAAGUCUGUCUUCGGUACUCCUCAGCAACAAACUGCACCAGCUUUUGGCGGUUCACCGGUAUUCGGUUCAAAGCCAGUUUUUGGACAAUCUGCAAGUUUCGGUUCGUCUGCAAGUUUCGGUGGUUUUGGUGGUUUAAACAAGAGCCCUACUGGUUUCGGGGCGCCGGCGACUUUCGGCGGCGCUCCCGCAUUCGGAGCCCCGGCCUUCGGUAGCACGUCGCCAGUGUUCGGAGGUGCAGCCCCAACUCCUGGCUUUAGUUCACCGACACAAUCGAACUCUACAUUCGAAACGUUGGCCAGUCAGAACACGAUCACGUUCGGCAACCUGGCGCAGUCCGCGCACCACAACCAGCCGCAGCCCAGCUUUAAUACGUCGCCAUCAUUCACUGGUUGGCGCGGUUGAUUUCACUACAAGAAGGGUGCGACACGGAUGAUUAAUAAAUAUUCUAUUGUAUUUCUUUCUAUUUUAAAUAUAAUACAGUGCGAGUGACACUUUAAUACACUCAGAGUCGUUAAAUGGUCACUAAGGGAGUGAUAGUGCAGAUUUAAGAUGCAAUAUCUAAGGACAUCGAGUCUCGAGUCGCAGUUUUAGGUCACUUAGCAGUCCCUUAGUGUGGAUCUCUCAAAGUAAAUCCAUCCUAUAAAUAACCAUUAGUGACCAUUUUAUGUCUUAAGCAUUUAACUUUUUGUAGUGAUGUAGUUUUCGUAGAAUUUUUCAUGUUUAAAAUAUUAUUGCAUAAAUGUAUUGACUUAUAUUCUUCUUUUCUUAAAUAUAAAAAAGCUUAAGUAAAAAUCAUGAAUGAUAAUAAUAAUAUUCAAUAUGUUAUAAACACACACACUUAUGUUGUAAACAUUAAAAGACUUUCUUUA